AUGGCGGCGCCGUCUCAGCCGCAGUUGCCGCAGCCGCAGCCGCCUCAGGCGCCCUCGCAGCCGCCGCUGAUGGGCCCCGGGGGGCCCUCCGGACCUGGGACGGGCCCGGGGGGGCAGCAGGCCGCGGUGGGGGCGCCUCCUCUGACCGCGGGCCCGGCACCCUCCGGCAUGCAGGUGGCCGCGCAGGCACAGGACUUCGACCCGGUGCAGCGCUUCCGCCUCCUCCUGCCGCAGCUGAAGGAGAGCCUGCAGAACCUGAUGAAGGUGGCUGCUCAGAACUUUCUCCAGAACACCAACAUCGACAGCGGGCAGAAAAUCAGUGAAGUUCCAGUACAAAGAGUAGACAAAAACCUGGAGGAAUUUUACGCCUUGUGCGACCAGCUGGAACUCUGUCUGCGCCUGGCCUACGAGUGCCUCUCCCAGAGCUUCGACAGCACCAAGCACUCGCCCACCCUCGUGCCCACCGCCACCAAGCCCGACGCGGUCCAGGCAGAGAGCCUGCCCUACACCCAGUACCUCAGCAUGAUCAAGUCCCAGAUCUCCUGCGCCAAGGACAUCCACAACGCCCUGCUCGAGUGCUCCAACAAGAUCACGGGCAAGAUGCCCUCGCAGGGGACCUUGUGAUCUGCGGGCUCUUCGCGCCAUGCCUGGAUUCUGAUCCCAGAAGGGCCAAAUGGGUUGCAGAAUGACGGUUCUCGGUCCUGCCUUCCAUUCGUCUCCAUAUUUAUUCAGCCCUGUCUGUGCAGCUCUCCAAGCUUCUGAUCGCCUUUGCGGCAGUCACAAAAAUUCAGCCACCUGCUGGCCGCAGAGCUCUGCCAGAGUUUAGCUGGCCAGUUUUUCCUAUGUUUAUUUUCACUUAGGAGGAAGCCUGGUGAGAUUUCAGAACUGAUUCUUUUUUAAAAGAUCACUUUAUCCCAAAGGCGCAUCAGGCGGAUAGAAGAGGCGAAAUGUCUUUCUCCAACUUACUACCCAGAAGGUGGAUCUGGGCACAAAUACAAUGUUUUGUGGACCUCGUUAUCAAGUGUGUAUCUGUAAAAAGAUGAUUUCUGGGUUGAUGAGGAAGCUUCUAGAAACGUUUUUUUUUUCUUUGCUCACUUUUCUGUUACACUUGAUUGAAGAACUUGCAAUACAAUAAAAUCUGCCUGAUGCGUUUAGUUCAAAAAGGCACAGAU